AUCGACAUGAAUUCACCUCCGCUGGGCCAAAGCAGCUCCGUAGACAUUGCCGCAAUCACACAGCAAGUAUCGUUUAUGCAACUGCCAAUAAAGAUGUGCUCAAACUUCUUUGGCAGAGAGAGCACAUUUGAGGAAAUCGACCAAGUCCUCGGCCAGGAUGGAUCAGCAACAACUUUCCGAUCUAUAGUGCUGUUUGGUCUUGGUGAGCCAUACUGGCCAAAAAGUAGUCAUGGGACAGCUAUCAUUACCACUCGCAAUCAUAACUUGGUGCACAAAUUUGCCACCUCUGGCUUGGAAAUAACUUCAUGGGAUGUAAAAACCGGUUCCGAGUUUCUCUUGUUCUUGUUGAAGGACAACAUAGGCCGCGAUAUACAAUCGGAGAGACUCUCGGCAGUUGAACUUGCCGAAAAGCUCGGUGGUCAUGCGUUGGGUAUCUCUCACAUGGCUGGUCUAAUUCAACGUAGGUCUUGGACCAUUGCCGAAUUCAUGCGCAUCUAUUUGAAAGAUCCAAAGAGGCUUCAUAAAUCCGAGUUACAGGCGGUGUGGGAUUCGAGUUUCCUGGGAAUUGCAUCAUUCUUGGUCCCAGACAACAUGGCACAGGAGCUAUUUGAGAACAGGCAAGGCCACGAUCUCACAGAUGAUCUUGAGUUUUUCCUUGAUGAGUUGGAAUUCUCUGGAGCGAUGAAACCUCUCUUGGCUCUUGCCUUGAUAAAAUGGGACAGAGACGCUCGUAUCUUCUGGUGCCAUCGCAUGGUGCAGAUGCAAUUCCGAUCUUUCCUAUCUCUAGAGGAGCGACAACAAGCAUUCGACAAUGCAGUGGUGGUAGUAUACAACGCCUUUCCCAAGCAGUCAGACUCGGCAAACAAGAAUCAAUUGUACCAUCAGUGGACUCAGUGCAAUCGUUGCUUACAGCAAGUUCUUUAUUUGAAAGACAAUUUUAAGGAGGAGCGUAGAUACUCGGAGAAAUUCAAGGCGUCGUCGUUGUUCUGCGAGCUUUUAACGGACUGCCAAAGAUAUCUCUACGAGAUCAAUGCAUUUAAAGAGCUUGAGGACGUCUGCGAAUUAAACCUCUUAGCUGUGGACACCCUCGACGAUCAGGAACAAGCUAUCGAUAUCAAGGCCUCGACAUUGUCCCACCAAGCUAGCAUGUAUGAAAGCAUCGGCAGGGUCGAAGACGCCAUCGAACCAAACACCAAGGGCUACAAUAUGCGCUUAGAAGAAGAACCUCGCAAGGGUGGCCUCCUCGGCGGCUUUGAGCAGAACCUCGGAUACAACUACAAUACUGCCAACCAGCAUGAAACAGCGCUCAUGUGGUUUGAAAAGUCACGCGUUACCUGGACCGAGUGGAAUGCAACGGAAGGCAGAGAAUCGGACUGGCCUACGGUCACAAAGAAGAAUACAGCGAGGUGUCUUGUGUAUCUGGGGAAAUACGAGGAGGCACAGUCAUUACUCGACGCUUCAAUUAGAGAGUUUCAGCAGGAGAAACCUCUCAACUGGGCUAUGCUGGCUUUCACAUACUUUGUCCAAGGCAUCCUUGAACGACGCAGAAACAGACCAGAAGCUGCCGAGGCCAAUUUCAUGGAAGCGCAGAAUAUGUGGUUCAAAGGUGAUCAGACGCGCUUUCACCCGUUCAAUGCAGGAUGCAUUUAUAAGACGGGCGUGGUUUGCCUAGAUCAGGGUAAGGUGGAGGCUGCCAUUAAACAUCUCCGCGACGCCCUCGAGAUCACAAAAUUCCACAGCGAUGCCAUGCCCGUUGAGCACGCGCGUGGCCUGUUCAAACUCUCCGAGGCUUUAGUCCUGAACUCGUCUACGAAUGAGAACGAGGACGAUAACCACGAGAAGGAAGCACAAAAUUUGAGGGAUGAAGCGGAAAUAUAUUUGCUCAGGCGGGAUAAAAGUGCGACGCAAUUUGGGAACGAAGAUGCCUAUGAUAGAUGGGUGCCGAUUUUCUGGCGGUAAGCAGUUUGAUAGGAAGCCUACAUAAAAAGGCAAGGGGGGAUAGAAAUACGAAUAUGCCUCUUUAGUACACUAUGUCCACCAAUUCUCCAACUUUCAGAUGUCCCUCUCAGCCCACGACAGGAUAAUACCCUCGUUAGUCUCCUCGUAUACCUUGACUUGAACACUUUCACCCGUGAGAAAGGUA